GUAAACCAUAUAAUUCUCUUAAUUUCACCGCGACAGCACCAAUGCCUACGAGCACCUUCUCCGCGCUUUCUUCGCUCCGAAAUCGGUUAAGAAACGGCGGACGACCUCGUGAGACGGAUGAAUCGAGUCAGAUGCUAUACGAUGACGAGUCUUUACCGGAGGCUUUGCCCUGCCCUGCUUCCUAUGAAUACCUCUCCCGUCGUGCUGCUCCCACCGCCAAUACGGUCAUCACGGACGAGGAGGAACUGCGGCCAUGGCUGCUCGUGACUCGUCCGGUGCCUCGUGAACACGCAGAGAAGCGUGGCGGCUGCAUCGUGUCCGCCCCCUCCGGCAUAGCAAAGGCGAAUUCUUCCACCGCAUUGCAGUACUUUUGCCUCCAAUAUACAGAUGAGGCGGACGGUCGAGCCGCGUAUCUUCCGAGACUCGAUGAGAUGGUGUUGAAGCUGCCGGAGUCGCCGACGUGCCACUUAGAGUCCAGGAAUAGCUCCAACAGUAACGCCUGCACAGAGGAAGGGGAGGAUGACCACUGCGUAGCGACGUCACCGCACCACUCAGCUCCGAUUCGUGCCGCUGCUUAUUCGACACCCAAACACCUUUGGAGAAAAAAGAAAGGUGAUGUACUCGGAAAGCAGUGCGCAGGCGCUCAUGACGAGAGUUCGUCCGCAUGA